AUGUCGAGGCAACCGGCCUCUUCACCGAGAUCGACACCACCGCCGGGCUGUGCAGAGCCGCCGAGCGGGUCACGCGAGUCCGUGUCCUACGGCCGGCGGCGGGCUGUCACUGCCUGCGUUAUUUGCCGUGCGCGCAAGACUAAAUGUGACAACCGGCGGCCGGUGUGCGGCUUCUGCAGUGCCACCGGCGGUGCCUGCAGCUAUCCGGACGACACCGCUGCCGACCACUCAAAGCUCGACCGUGGCAGCCUGGCCAUCCUGCAGCGUCUGGGCGAGAUGGAGCAGACCCUGGCCGCGCUGAUUGGCGACCGUCCGCUGGGUCGUCUGAGCGCCGCCGACAGCACGGCGCCGGGCUCGACGCCGGGCUCACGCCCCGGCUUCUUCGACGACGGCCUGAUGGCUUUUGACGAUCCCAUCACGACCACCACCGCGCCCGACAACAACAGUCAGCCGCCGCCCAGCAGCGAUCGCCCGCCAGCGGCCGACGUCGUCACCCGCAGCUCUGAGAUGCGCGUCGAGAACAUCCUCCAAUGGCCCGUCUUCCACACCCAGGCAUAUCCGUCCCUCACCGCCACCCUCGGCCAGGACGGCGCUCACAUGCCCUUCUCGGCCGGCGACGGUGUCAGCGACCUCGACGCCGACCUCAUCACCCAGCUGGUCGAGAACUUUCUCGCCACCAACCACAUGAAGAACCCCGUCUUCGUCGUCGACCAGCUCUGGGCCCGCGUUCGCGACAUUGCCGAGACUGGUCUCCGCUGGGACGGCUCGACCUGUCUGGUACUUCUGAUCUGCGCCGUCAGCGUCGUCUCUCCUCCCUUUUCGGCCGAGAUGCAGCCUGGUUACUCUCAUCGCAUCGACCGGCUCCAGCGAGCCGAGCACUACUUCCAGAUGGCCCAGCGACGCAUCGGCAUGCUCUACCACACCAGCUCCCUGCUCGCCGCCCAGUGCAGCUUCCUCACCGCCAUCUAUCUCAUGGCCACCUUCCGCAUUAUGGCCGCCUGGAAGGCCUUUGCCCAAGCCGGCACGCAGUGUGUCGGCUGGCUGGCUACCCGUGGACACACGACCGGCCAGUCGGACGCCCAGGCUGCCGCCUCAUUUCAAUCCCCCCCCACAAAUGGCGGCAUCCACACCGUCGGCGAAGAUACCUCCCGCAGCGAUGGCGAGCAGCACAUGGAGGAGAGCCUCUACUGGAGCUGCCUCAAGAGCGAACUGCACCUGGGCCUUCCGGGAUCGACGCUCAACGAGAUGCAGUACUCGCACGCAUACCCGUCACCGCCGAGCCCGGAGCAUCUGGUGUCGCGCUACGGCCAGGGACAGCAUGAGCGGGACCGCCUGGAGCGCAGCUGGUUUUUCUACCUGGCCGAGAUUGCGCUGCGGCGCAUUAUGAACGACGUGCUGUCGUCGCGUUACGGCGCCGGAUCGUGGUACUACACGGCACCCUGGUGGACAGCCGAGGGCGAGGGCUGGCUGCGCGGUGACGUUGACCGGUUCCGCCAGCAGUUGGGUACCUGGGAGGCCAUGCUGCCGACCGCCAUGCGCUUCCCGGCCGACGAAGGCGCCGGUGGCGUCACGCCGGCUGAGCCGACCGGUGACGCCUUGCGCGGCAUUUUGCGCGGCCACCUCGUUGACAUCCUCGACGUGCUCUAUUUCCCGGCUGUGCGCGCCGUCGUCUGCUGCCAUCGCCGCGACGAUCUCGGCCCUUACGUGCUCGCGACCGCCCGCGAUGGCCUCGCCAAUGCCGCCUACCGCAUCGCCAUCUGUGAGGAGGGCUUCUGGCACCGCCACCAGGGCACCUGGCUGAUGAUCCGCACUUGCUCGCGAAGCCUGCUGCAGCUGCUCGCCGUUGCCCUGCGCGCCCGCGACGAGCCGGCCCUGGCCGCCCUCCUGCCCGACGGCUGGCGCUACUCUGCCGCUCGCGUCCUCGCUCUCGUCGAAUAUUGGCAGCAUGAGAGCGCCGACCUCCGGCUGUUGCUGGUUCGCCUGCAAGCCAUUAUCGCUGACCUCGACAGCACCAGUGGAUCGGUCGGUGGGAGACUGGCGGCAGGAGAUGUCGUCUAG